GCUCCGGCUGCUCGCCGCGCCGCUCUCUUCCGACAGCUGCAGCAGUCGCCGCGGCGCCCGCAGCUCCUCCCUGGAGCCGAGGGGACGAGCGCGCCUCUCCUCCGCUCCCAGCACCCCCAACCUGUUCCCCGCGCGCAGCGGUGCAUUCGCCUCCCGACAUGGAUUUCCUCCUGGCUCUGGUGCUCGGCUCCUCGCUCUACCUGCAGGCGGCUGCCGAGUUCGACGUGAGGUGGCCCAGGCAAAUAGUGUCAUCCAUUGGCCUGUGUCGUUAUGGUGGGAGGAUUGACUGCUGCUGGGGCUGGGCCCGCCGGUCCUGGGGACAGUGUCAGCCUGUAUGCCAACCACAGUGCAAACAUGGUGAAUGUAUUGGACCCAACAAGUGCAAGUGCCAUCCUGGAUAUGCUGGAAAAACCUGCAGUCAAGAUCUAAAUGAGUGUGGCCUGAAGCCGCGACCCUGCAAGCACAGGUGCAUGAACACUUACGGCAGCUACAAGUGCUACUGUCUCAACGGAUAUAUGCUCAUGCCAGAUGGGUCCUGCUCAAGUGCCCUGACGUGCUCCAUGGCAAACUGUCAGUAUGGCUGUGAUGUUGUCAAAGGACAGAUACGGUGCCAGUGCCCCUCUCCUGGCCUACAGCUGGCUCCUGAUGGGAGGACCUGUAUGGAUGUUGAUGAAUGUGCCACCGGGAGAGUGUCCUGCCCUAGAUUUAGGCAGUGUGUCAACACUUUUGGGAGCUACAUCUGCAAGUGUCAUAAAGGCUUCGACCUCAUGUACAUUGCAGGCAAAUACCAAUGUCACGAUAUAGAUGAAUGUUCCCUUGGUCAGUAUCAGUGCAGCCGCUUCGCUCGAUGUUACAACUUGCACGGGUCCUACAAGUGUAAAUGUAAAGAUGGAUACCAGGGCGAUGGACUGAGUUGUGUGUAUAUUCCAAAAGUCAUGAUUGAGCCAUCAGGUCCAAUUCAUGUACCAAAGGGAAAUGGUACUAUUUCAAAGGGUGACGGAGGACACAGUAAUUGGAUUCCUGAUGUUGGAAGUACUAGGUGGCCUCUGAAGACACCAUAUAUUCCUCCUGCUACCAACAGACCCACUUUUAAGCCAACAAUAAGACCUACACCAGAGCCAACACCGCAGCCAACCCCACCGCCAUCCACAGAAUUCGGAACAUCACCAAUAACAACCCCGGAAAGACCCAGCACCAGACUAACAACUGUACUGCCAGUUGCCACUACAUCUCCAAGAUGGAUUACAGUUGACAACAGGAUACAGACAGAUCCUCAGAAGCCCAGAGGAGAUGUGUUCAUUCCACGGCAGCCUUCAAAUGACUUGUUUGAAAUAUUUGAAAUUGAAAGAGGAGUCAGUGCAGACGAUGAAGCGAAGGAUGAUCCAGGUGUUCUGAUACACAGUUGUAAUUUCGACCAUGGGCUUUGUGGAUGGAUCAGAGAAAAAGACAGUGACUUGCACUGGGAACCAGUUAGAGAUCCAGCAGGUGGACAAUAUCUGACAGUCUCGGGAGCCAAAGGCCCAGGGGGAAAAGCCGCUCGCUUGGUGCUACCUCUCGGCCACCUCAUGCAUUCAGGGGACCUGUGCCUGUCGUUCAGGCACAAGGUGACUGGGCUGCACUCCGGCACGCUCCAGGUGUUUGUGAGAAAACACGGUGCCCACGGAGCAGCCCUGUGGGGAAGAAAUGGUGGCCGUGGCUGGAGGCACACACAGAUCACCUUGCGAGGGGCUGACGUCAAGAGCGUCAUCUUCAGAGGUGAAAAAAGGCGUGGCCACACUGGGGAGAUUGGAUUGGAUGAUGUGAGCCUGAGAAAAGGCCACUGCUCUGAAGAACGCGAGCAACUCCCGAACUAGCAAUGAACUCCCCCUGUGGCUCUUUUCUUUUUCCAAUCUUCACCUCCUGUCCUCUCCUCCCUCUUAUCAGGCCUAGGAGAAGAAUGGGUCAGUGGGUCAAGAGAAAGUCUGGUGGGUGACCCACACCUUGCUGGCCUGCUUUUGUGCAAUUCCAGUGAAUAGUGACACCCUCCUUGGAAUAUAGGGGGCACCUGUAGACACAUCCAAGCCAGCUUUCGGUGUUGCUUUCCAUCCUGUGUCUUUUUUGGGAAGGGCCCUGGCAUGUGACCUGUGCCAUCGUUCCUUCUGGUUACAGGUGUUCCUAGUAGCAAACCAUGGGAGAAGUUUUCAAAGGAAAUCUGUGCAAAUGGCCAUUCUGUUAUCUGUUCAGUGUUGUACCAUGAGUAGUAUUGACUUCCCCUAAGAGAUGUUGUACAAUGUGCUUGUGAAAUUGGUUUCUCCCCUUGGCUUGUUAGCUCUGGCCUGACCUGAACUCUGACUUUUACUGCCAUUCACUUUAUAAAAGAAGGGUGUGUAACUUAUCAAGAUGCAUUUAUUCUCAUUAUCUGUAUUUUUCUUUUAAAGACAUGACGUAGAAUGGACACGUAAUCCCUCGUUAGUAGUAUUGUGUUUCGUGUAAAUGUGCUAUUGAUAUUAAGUAGUUACGUGUUCCUAAUAUAUACAGACUCUAGUUGCAAGGGAAAAGGCAGCUUGCGAGCUCUUGAAUUAAAAAAUACCUGGUGAAAUGUCAUCCAGUUCCAUGACCUUAUUUUGGCAGCAAGAGAAAAUUGGAAGAGAUGUCAGGUGUGGUAGUGGAGGGAUGAAUUUUUUCAUGGCCUUGAGUUUGAUCACGAUACAGGAUAGCGAACCAUUCAUGUGGACAAGAAGCUGAAGUUUACAUAUAAAACUCUCACUGUUCCAGGGUAUACUUUAAAACCAACAGGUUUUUACCAUAAUAACAUGGCUCUCUUUGGUAAUCAGUAAAACAUGUUGUAAAAGUUCUGGUUGUUUCAGAGAAAAGAUCCUGUUUAUGGAAGGGUGAGGGGAAGUGUGGGGGAAGCUCCGUUGGGACAGAUUUUCAUACAGGUUUUAGAUCCGCAUACAUGGAGGCAGGUCUAGCUCCUUCCUAACGUAUGUGCCGUCUUGUCAGAAGGGGUCAGGGAGCAGGUCCUGUGCCUGGACGCAUUGAUGUGUUGGAAUGGGACUCACGCACACAUUAGAGCAAUAAAAUCUGGGAACCCCCCCCCACCCAACCACAUUUCCUCCCUGCCGAUUUUACCUAUGUAUGAAAAAAAUACCUAACUUUUAAAAGGCAACUUAGUCCUGAGACUUUUACUUCAUUCCUGAUUAAGUAAUCAAAAUAUUCUCUGCUGUUUUUGCCAGGAAUCACAAAGAUGAUUAAAGGGUUGGAAAAAAAGAUCUAUGAUGAAAAAUUAAAGGAACUGGGAUUAUCCAGCGUGGAGAAGAGAAGACUGAGGGGCAAACCAUUGCUGGUUUUCAAGUGUAUGAAUGGUUGGUACAGAGAGGAUGGUGACCAGCUGUUCUCCAUAUGCGAUAAGAAUAGAACAAGAGGAAACAGGCCUAGACUGGAGUGUGAGGGGGCAUUUCCUGGCAGGGACAAUUGUUAAAUUAGAAUCCUUUGUUAAAAAAAAAAAGUUAAUCUCUCUCCCUCUCCUCUUUCUCUCCCUCUCCCUGUCUCUCUUCUUUCUCUCCUUCUCUUUUCUCUUUCUCCCUCACCCUCUUCGAAGGUUUAAAAAUAGAUAAAAAUGUGUUUAUUUAAGAUGGUUAAAGAUGUUCUUACAUCAAGAUAGAGUGACAGAUUACAGAAUCUUCCAAAAGCUGUUUUGAUCCUAUUACUAGGUAAUGAAAAUCUUCGGAACUUAGUCAUUCGGAUGAGGCCAAGGUCUAAUUUAGGCAUUUACCUCUUAGCCUUCCAAUGGAGGAGAAUCAAAAGGGGGAAAAAAACCCAUCAAAUGGGGAGCUCACUGAAAGAUCUCUCCCUUUAUGGCAAACCUAACAGGAUUAAAACAGUAAAAUAUCUGUCCAUCAUACUCCUUUAAGAAUAUUGUUUUUUGUUUUUGGUUUUGGUUUUUUUUUCCCUAUCUCAAUGAUGUCCUAAUGUGGUAGGGUUCAUUUCUUUUUUUGGUAAAAGUAUAACCCUUUCACCUGUUCAGUGGAUGAUAGUUCAGGUUUUUAAAGAGACCAUAGCAAGGAACAGAGGCUAGAGAGUUGUUUUUUGUUUUGUUUUGUUUUGGUUUUUAAUCUGGUGCAUUCUCUCUGCAAUGUGUGUGACAAAUUGGCCACUGAGAGAGAGUGCUAUGCUAUGCUCAACACCAGUUUCAGGAUCCUUGCUUCACCCAGCCACUAUAAUUCAGUUUCGUUUGUCAAUGGGAAUCUCCCAAGUUCCACAAAUUUACCUAUUUUUCCACAAAAAAAAAAAAAUUACCAACAGAGUAUCUUUAGUCAUUUCACUUGGUGAAGGCAGGAUAGGAGCAGGGAUGUAAAUCUGUGAGCCUUUGAAUAGGGGCCAUAUGGUAUGGCUUUAGAUCCAUUUUUAAUGAUUCAUUUCCUUUGUGGUCAUUUAACUGCACAAGUGAAGAGGAAAGGGGGAAAUAAUUGAAAAUGUCACUUUUAGGUGCCAAUAAUGGAUUGCACUAAACUGACAGAAGUUAUCCAAAGUACUGUAUAACAUCUUGUUUAUUAUUUAAUGUUUUCUAAAGUGAAAAAUGUUAGUGGUUUUCCAAACAGCCAAAUAAAAAUAAUUCUUUGUAAAUAAAAGCACUGUUAAUGAUA